GUGCCUGCGUCCUAGAGCGGCUCCAGAAAGCGGGGACUGCGGUAGACCUGGUGCCACCCGCCGCCCACUCCGCCCCCCGCCGCCAACCGCGCCGGCAACCGCUGUCCCCAGCCUUCUCUCCCCCCCCCCCCGUAAGGACGACCACCGGAGCCACCUGAUAGACGCCCCGAGCUAGCGGCAGCCCCCUACAACCGUCCACCUGUGCGCCCAGGGCGCGCGAUGAAGUCGGCGAGCUCGCGCGGGGGCGGCCGCGGGGGCUGGGGCGGCGGCUGGGGCGCGGGGCGCGGCGGUGGGACCAAGGGCAGCGGCAGUGGCGACGGCGGCGGCGGCGGCUCGGGGGGCAAGGGCGGAUUCGGGGCGCGGACGCGCGGCUUCGGCGGCGGCGGCCGGGGCCGGGGGCGCGGCGGGGGUAACUGCAGGGACCGCGGCAGUGGCGGGCAGCGGCGCGGCGUGGCCAAAAGCAAGAGCCGCCGCAGGAAGGGCGCGCACGCGGUGUCCGUGGAGCCGCACCGGCACGAAGGCGUGUUCAUCUACCGCGGGGCGGAGGACGCGCUGGUCACUCUGAACCUGGUGCCCGGUCUCUCGGUGUACGGCGAGAGGCGCGUCACGGUGACCGAGGGCGGCGUGAAGCAGGAGUACCGCACCUGGAACCCCUUCCGCUCCAAGCUGGCAGCCGCCAUCCUGGGCGGCGUGGAUCAGAUCCACAUCAAGCCCAAGUCCAAAGUGCUGUACCUGGGCGCCGCUUCGGGGACCACGGUGUCCCACGUCUCCGACAUCAUCGGCCCAGACGGCCUGGUCUACGCGGUCGAGUUCUCCCACCGUGCUGGCCGCGAUCUGGUCAACGUGGCCAAGAAGCGAACCAACAUCAUCCCAGUCCUUGAGGACGCGCGGCACCCGCUCAAGUACCGCAUGCUCAUCGGGAUGGUGGACGUGAUCUUCGCCGACGUGGCUCAGCCUGACCAGUCCCGCAUCGUGGCCCUGAACGCACACACCUUCCUGCGCAACGGGGGCCACUUUCUCAUUUCCAUCAAGGCCAACUGCAUCGACUCCACCGCGUCCGCCGAGGCCGUGUUCGCGUCGGAGGUGAGGAAGUUGCAGCAGGAGAAUCUGAAGCCACAGGAGCAGCUGACCCUAGAGCCCUACGAGAGGGACCACGCGGUGGUCGUCGGGGUCUACCGGCCCCUUCCCAAGAGUAGCAACAAAUAGAGCCCCGAGUGGGUCUCUCCUGCCGUCUCCCCAAGGCUGUGUCUCCUCAACAUUCUUAUGUGUAUGUGUCCUCGUUGUGUGUUUGGAUUUGUUGUUUUUCUAUUAAAUGGCAUCAAGGAA